CAUCAUACUAAUCAAAUUAAAAUUAUAGUAAUUCUUGUGUUAUAAUUAUAUAGAUAUAGAUUAUGAUGAUGAAUGCAAAGAUUUCUAGAGUAGUAAUGGCAGCGCAGGCACUAGUUGUGGUGCUGCUGUUGUCCGUAGUAAAGUGCAGCAGCGGCGGAUCAUCAUCGUCGUCGUUGAGAGUCGGAUUCUACGCAAGAACAUGUCCGCAAGCAGAGACCAUUGUGCGCCGGGCAGUCACCAGAGCCGUGUCGAGGAAUCCGGGACUCGCCGCCGGCCUCAUCAGGAUGCAUUUCCACGACUGCUUCGUCAGGGGCUGCGACGGGUCGGUGCUGCUGGACAGUCUCCCCGGCCGCCCCGCCGCCGAGAAAGACAACGCCGCCAACUUCCCGAGCCUCCGCGGCUUCGAGGUCAUCGACGACACCAAAGCGCUGGUCGAGGCCAGGUGUCCUCGGACGGUGUCCUGCGCCGACAUUCUGGCAUUCGCCGCCCGCGACAGCGCCGCCAGAGCCGGCAACAUUUGGUAUGAGGUGCCGUCGGGGCGUCGCGACGGGCGAGUGUCCCUGAGCUCGGAAGUGCUGCAGAGCAUUCCCCCGCCGUUCUUCAACGCCACUCAGCUCAGAGACAAUUUCCGGCGGAAAGGGCUGUCGGCCGACGACAUGGUGGCGCUCUCCGGCUCGCACUCGAUCGGCGUUUCCCACUGCUCCGCCUUCUCCAACAGGCUCGCCGGAUUCAACGCCACCUUCGAUCAGGACCCCUCCAUGGAUCCUCGAUUCGCCGCGUUUCUCAGAACCAGGUGCCCGCCGGCGAGCUCUGGGAAUUCCGGCGAUCCGGCGGUGAGCAAUGAUUUUCAGACACCGACCCGGCUGGACAACAGGUACUACGAGAAUCUGGUGAACCGCAGGGGGCUCUUAACCUCGGAUCAGACGCUGUUCGACAGCCCGACGACGAGGAAUCUGGUGAUCCAAAAUGCGAGAUUGGGGUCGAAUUGGGAGAAGAAAUUCGGAGGUGCGAUGGUGAAGAUGGGGAAGAUAGAGGUGCUUACAGGGAGACAAGGAGAGAUCAGAACCAACUGCCGUUUUGUUAACUGAUCUUUAGGAAUUGAAUUGAUUUACUAUAUUCUGGAUUUUAAAUUAAAUUCUUUUUGUCUAUUGAUCGUUAAUGUCUCUUCGAUCUUCGAUUUCUCUUCAACUGUGAAUUCUUUUGUCAUCUUAUUAAUUAAAUUGUUUUGGGAUGUAUUUACUUGGGAUGUUUAAUGUGAUAUAAAUAUGUAAUGAUGAGAUGUUUUGAAUGUAGUAU